AAAAACAACAGAAGUUAUAUUCCCAAUAAGCGAGUGGACUUUCGCUGCAAGACCGAAGUAAAGCCUUCUUCAUCGGAACAAAAUUGCACCGUCGAUGUCGCAUUGAACCACCCUAGCUUUUGGUCUUAUCAACGGUCCACAACGCAUCAGGAAGGAAUGAAGAUUGCUCUCUUCACUCCGAUAAUCACGUUUGCUUGGCCUCUCUUCCCAAAAACCCUCGCUAGGGUUUUUCUACCGAUUUUGAUUUUUCAGCAGCAGUGGUUUCUGCAGGUAUUUUCUUGAUUUGCUAGUGUUAGUACUUAGUUCUAUGCAAUUUCACAACGAGUGCGACUACUAUGACGGAUAAACCGACUGAGACGCCGGCCAAGAAGCAGAAGGGGCUAGUCAGUGAAGGAGAUAUCUCCACUCUCUUGCAAAGGUACAAUGCUACUGCGUUACUUGCGUUGCUUCAAGAGGUAGCACAGUCUCCAGAAGUGAAAAUUGAUUGGGAGGCAUUGGUUAAGAAGACAUCUACGGGGAUCUCUAAUGCAAGGGAGUAUCAGAUGCUAUGGCGGCAUUUAGCUUAUUGUCAUCCUAUGCUCGAUAAAUUGGACGAUGGGGCUCAACCUCUGGAUGACGAUAGCGAUCUAGAAUAUGAAGUGGAAGCUUUCCCUGGUGUUACUAGUGAAGCUUCAACAGAGGCUGCAGCAUGUGUCAAGGUGCUGAUUGCUUCGGAUUUUCUAAGGGAUUCCGGUCUCUCAGACAGCUCCACAGUUGAGGCUCCAUUAACUAUAAACUUUCCUAGUGGCCACUCCCAGUUACUUAGAGCUACUUCAGAUACGACACAACCCGCUGGUUCAAUGCCAGGGGUGAACAUCACGGUUCCAGUUUCUGUUCAGAAACAGCCCCUACCUAUAGUGCCAUCUGCUGGAGUUUCAGAUUUAAAUGGAACAGGGAACCGUGGUUCUAAAAGGGCAAGAAAACAAUGGUCAAAAGAAGAGGACAAUGAACUGAUGGAGGCUGUGAGGAAAUGUGGUGAAGGGAAUUGGGCAAAUAUUAUUAGGGGAGAUUUCAAUAUCGAUAGAACUGCUUCACAACUAUCUCAGAGGUGGGCCACUAUCAGGAAGCGCAAAGGAAACUUGAGCAAAGGAGUAAACUCAAAUGGCUCAGAACUUUCUGAGGCUAUGAAAACAGCUCGCCAUGCCCUGGAUAUCCCUGAAAAUAUGAACUUAAUGGCAGCUACAAAUAACUCUGGGACAGCUGGGACGGCUUUGAACUCUUCAUCUUAUAAAUCUGGGCUUGCAACUACCGUUGCUGAAGGUUCUCCUGCCAGUGGCAGCUCUACACGCACCCGAGGCCAAUCUCAACAAGGUGCUGUUCUGGCGUUAUCAUCUUCUGGGAGAGCAGCUUCUUUUGCAGCAAAAUCACAAGUAACUACAAAGUUGACAUCACCAAAAUCUAAUCACUGUCAAGACUCAGUACGAGCCACUGCAGUUGCUGUCGGGGCUCGCAUUGCUAGUACGUCGGAUGCUGAUUCACUUAUGAAGGCUGCCAAGGCAAAGAAUGCAGUUCAUAUGAUGCCCACUGGUGGUUCUAAUGUACAUUACAGGUCUGCCAGCCUGGCAGCUCCAGUUUCCACCUAUCCUGCUGCCCCACCAAGUGCUUCAUGCCCUGCUCCAGCAAAAGGUGCCCCAUCAGUAGCUUCUGCCACAUCAAUGAGCUUGCCAUCUGAAGAAACUAACCCCGCCACCAACAGUAUGACCUCCAAACUUCAGACAAAGUCCCAAACUGCAGAGGAGAGUAAAGUUCGUGGAGCAAACAAUCAAACUGAAAGGGAGGUUUCGGAUGAUGGACUUCAUCUCUCUGCGGGUGAACCAAGCAAGGAAGUACAAGAGGUGAAACCGGACUUGCCAAGUUCAGAAGCAGAACUCAGAAGUCAAGUAGCUCAGUGUAAGAAUCCUAAUAGAUCGUCAGACACAGAGAUGACAGAGUGUAGACAAGAAGAGGUCGACGUCAACCGGCAUGAAGAGAGUCCAAAUCCAAACGUUGAUGAUGUGAAGGGUUCCCCCGUUAAAGGUAAGAAUCAAUCUGCUACGGAGGAGAAGGGUAAUGAUAAUUGCUCGAAUGAUAAGGGGGUGGAUUUGCCUAGCACGGUUGCUGAUGGCUGCACUGAAAAGCAGGAGGUUGUAGUAAAAGCAGAGGCUGGCUGUCGAGAGUAGGGGAAGAAGGCUAAGGAGUUCCCUUUGUUCUUAAUCGGUUCCCAUUUUGCUUGCUUGUUCUAGGAAUUUGUGUUGUGUUAAUUAUAUGAUCUUGUGGUAAAUAGUUAAAUGAUUUAUUCUCUUUGACAAUAAAACAAAUAGAUUCAAGAUCCAAUAUUUGGAGUCGGCCGGAUGAAUUCUCAAUGUUCAAGUUUUAGGAAUUCAUCUUAGUUUCUGCCCUUGUUCAUCGCAAGGGAAAUAUAAUGUUUUGGUUUCUAUUAA